AUUGGCCAAUCAGAGAGGAAUAUCCAAAUGCCGCAACACUCUGUGUUCGUAUUGUUAUUGUGGGGUUGGCGUGUAUGAGUGUUCGARUUACUCUGUAAUAUCUGGUGGCGUUCUUAACAUCUAUCUUUCAAAAUGGUUGCACCGAUGGUUUUAACAGAUGCUCAAAAAGCAGAAUUCAAGGAAGCCUUCUGCAUCUUUGAUGUGGAUGGCAGUGGUACCAUCACAGUCGAUGAGUUGGAAAUGGUCAUGAGAAACCUUGGUGAGAAAAUCGACAGAAAAGAACUCGAACAGAUGGUCAGCGAAGUCGACGAAGAUGGAAGCGGUGAGAUUGAAUUCGAAGAGUUCUGCGAGAUGAUGGUUAAGAAGAUGCAACAAGAGGCAGAAGAAGGCAGCGUCCUCGACGCCUUCAACGACUGGGACACGAGCGGCAAAGGAAUGAUGAAAGUCGACGAAUUCAAAUCAAUGCUUAAGAAGCUCCGUGAAGUACGACUUACCAAUAACGAUAUCGAACAAAUGAUUAGUGUUCUAGACCCUGCCAAGAAAGGAGAGUUUAAGUUUGAAGACUUCGUGAACAGAAUGGAAAAGAAUAAAAAUGAAAUGUCAAAGGAACAAAUCAAAGAGAUGAACCAAGUGUUCAAGAUGUUUGACAAGGAUGGUGACGGUACCAUCGAUACUGACGAGCUGGAAGAAGUCAUGAAAUCUAUCGGCGAGAAGCCAUCGCGAAAAGAACUCGAAGACAUGAUUAAUGACGUCGAUAAAGAUGGACUYGGGUACAUCAAAUUUGAAAACUUCAUGGACUUGAUGAAUCGUCAACUGAAAGCCGGCAGCGAAAGUGAAAUAAUGGACGCCUUCAGCCAUUGGGAUACGAAAGGUCGUGGAGAGAUCGAAACAAAAGAAUUACGAUCGAUGCUCAUGAGACUUCCCGAGAAACUCAAACGACAAGACGUCGACGAGAUGAUAAACGCAGCCGACCCUAGAAAUAGRGGCACUAUCAAGUUUAACGAUUUUGUGAAGCUUCUCCUUUAGAAAUGAAGUUCAUGYUAGAUGUGGAAGCGGGAGCAAUGUACUGUUCGAUUCACACAACUGAAGAAACGUACGUUGCCACAAUUUAAACGUUUCUUGAAUUGCGUGAAUUUUAAAGAUAGAUUAGAUGAUAUCUACUUGAUUCGCUUUGUCUUGGUUCAUGAAGUAUCUGUUGUAUAUGCAGCUUUGAAUUAUUAAAUUAAAAGUUACAGCUAAUUUUGA